GUAGUAAAUGAAAACGCAAGCGCCGUCUGAAACAAUGGGGGUAACUUGCGUGUGCCAGGUGCCCGUGGCGGAGGGAAAGAGCGUGCAGCAGACAGUGGAUCUCCUCCAUAAGAAACUGGAGCAGCUUGGAGCGUUGAAGCAGCAAGGCAACUUCAGUGUGGACUGUGAAACAUACCAUGCCACCGCUACAGCCAGCGGUCAGCCCUCUAAGCUGCUGUAUGUGAUGCACAACUCUGAAACUCCACUGAGCUGCAUGGCCCUGUUCGAAGGAGGCCCUUGUCUUGUGGCUGAUGCAAAUUUUGAUGUUCUUAUGAUAAAGCUGAAAAGCCACUUUCAGAAUGCUAAAGGACACAAGGUGGAGUGUAGAGGGUGGAAAUAUCGCUACAGUGAUUUCUCAAUCAAAGUUGGGACAGUGACAAUGAACUCCAGUGCUAGAGGGAUAUCAGCCGAGGUGGAAUAUUGCCCCUGUGUGGUUCCAGGGGACUGCUGGAAUCUCAUGAAGGAGUUUAUGCAGUCUUUUCUUGGUUCAAAUGUUCCUGAACUACCAUCUGUUUUCACUGUGAAACCGGAAGGGCUUUUUGCUCCAUCAGACUGUAUCGACACCAUGACGCAGUAUCUGGAGUUGUUCAACAAACUUCGAAAAUUACAAAUGCCUGGAAGUAAUAUCAGAGUAUAGAUUAAGACUUUUUAACAUUUGCUGUCAUAAAAUCCCUAUGGAUCCAUAAUUAUUUUCAUUUGUACAUUGUCUUUAUUAAAUUGUGAAACUUAUUAUAUUGCAGCCUUGCCAUGUUCAGUCUGUGUAUGUCUUUUAACAUCUAAGUGACUGAAUUCUGAAAUCACAUGUCAUCUUAUGUAUUCUACAAAUGCUAAACAAUACUGCCAAAAUGUGAACUAAAGCAUGCCCAACCCCAGUCUUUGUGAACACUGACCAAAUCUAGUCAUAACCUAAAGUAUAGUUAUAGAUAAAAAGUUAAAGCAAGAGACAACUCUGUAAAACAUUUACUGUAAUGUUAUGACUCAUUUUAUUUUUUUAAAUGAAGAAAAGUUUAAUGGAGUUUAAGUAAUUUUAAUUAUGUCCAUGCAUGCCCUCAAUCAUCUAUUGUAAAUCUGUUUAUUUAUUAUUGUGUUGUACAGGGAUACAUUUUUUGUAAGAUAUUGAGUAGAACAUUGGCAUUACUCAGGGAGCUACAAAACCAAUAAUUCUGUGAAUCAUAUUUUCCAACAUGGGUAUUGACCAGAGGUAGAGAAUUGAAAGUCAUGACCAUCAUUAUUUUGCAGACUUGAGACUUGACUUGAUAAAAUGGACUAAGACUCUGGACUUUUGACUUGAGCCCUGUGUCUUGGGAUGACUUGAUAAUUCUCAAAUUAAGCACCAAAAACAAUUUUUGGUGCUUAAUUUAACAGGAACAAAUUGGAACAUGUUCCUUCCCACCUCACCAUUUGUUACACAACUAAAAUACUGUGAUAUUUUAUUGGCAAUAAAGCUCCCUUGC